AUGCAGUCCGCACCAGCUCUGUCAGUCCGCACAGCCUGUCCGUCAGCAGCACCAGUUCUGUCAGUCCGCAUCAGCUCUGUCAGCCCGCACCAGCUCUGUCAGCCCGCACCAGCUCUGUCAGUCCGCACCAGCUCUAUCAACCCGCACCAGCUCUGGCAGUCCGCAUCAUCUCUGUCAGCCGCAUCAGCUCUGUCGGUCCGCAUCAGCUCUUUCUGUCCGCAUCAGCUCUGUCAGUCCGCACCAGCUCUGCCGGUCCGCACCAGCUCUGUGAGUCCGCACCAGCUCUGUCAGUCUGCACCAGCUCUGUCAGUCUGCACCAGCUCUGUCAGUCCGCAACAGCUCUGUCAGCCCGCAACAGCUAUGCCAGCCCGCACCAGUUCUGUCAGUCCGCACCAGUCCUGCCAGUCCGCACCAGCUCUGUCAGCCCGCAUCAGUUCUAUCAGUCCGCACCAGCUCUGUAAGCCCGCACAGCUAUGUCAGCCCGCACCAGCUCUGUCAGUCCGCACCAGCUAUGUCAGCCCGCACCAGCUCUGUCAGUCCACAUCAGCUCUGUCAGUCCGCACCAGCUAUGUCAGCCCGCACCAGCUCUGUCAGUCCGCAUCAGCUCUGUCAGCCCGCACCAUUUCUGUCAGUCCGCAUCAGCUCUGUCAGUCCGCAUCAGCUCUGUCAGUCCGCAUCAGCUCUGUCAACCCGCACCAGUUAUGUCAGCCCGCAUCAGAUCUGCCAGUCCGCAUCCGCUCUGCCAGCCCGCACCAGCUCUGUCAGCCCGCAUCAGCUCUGUCAGUCCGCACCAGUUCUUUCAGCCCGCACCAGCUCUGUCAGUCCGCACCAGCUCUGUCAGUCCGCAUCAGCUCUGUCAGCCCGCAUCAGCUCUGUCAGUCUGCCUCAGCUCUGUCAGUCCACACCAGCUCUGUCAGUCCGCAUCAGCUCUGCCAGUCCGCACCAAUUCUGUCAGUCCGCAUCCGCUCUGUCAGCCCGCAUCAGCUAUGUCAGCCCGCGCCAGCUCUGCCAGUCCGCACCAGUUCUUUUAGCCCGCACCAGUUCUGCCAGUCCGCACCAGCUAUGUCAGUCCCCACCAGCUAUGUCAGUCCGCACCAGCUCUGUCAGACCGCAUCAGCUCUGUCAGCCCGCACCAGUUCUGUCAGUCCGCGCCAGUUCUGUCAGUCCGCACCAGCUCUGUCAGUCAGCACCAGCUCUGUCAGUCCGCAUCAGCUCUGUCAGCCCGCAUCAGCUCUGUCAAUCCGCACCAGUCCUGUCAGUCCGCCUCAGCUCUGCCAGUCCGCAUCAGCUCUGUCAGCCCGCAUCAGCUCUGCCAACCCGCACCAGUUCUGUCAGUCCGCAUCAGCUCGGUCAGCCCGCAUAAGCUCUGUCAGUCCGCAUCAGCUCUGUCAGUCCGCGCCAGUUCGGUCAGCCCGCAUCCGCUCUGUCAGUCCGCACCAGCUAUGUCACUCCGCAUUAGCUCUGUCAGUCCGCACCAGCUCUGUCAGCCCACACCAGCUCUGCCAGUCCCAUCAGCUCUGUCAGUCCGCAUCAGCUCUGUCAGUCCGCAUCAGCUCUGUCAGCCCGCACCAGUUCUGCCAGCCCGCAUCAGCUCUGCUAGUCCGCACCAGCUCUGUCAGCCCGCAUCAGUUCUGUCAGCCCGCACCAGUUCUGUCAGUCCGCACCAGCUCUAAUUUCAGAAUCAGACACAACGUCUAUGGUUGUUCGAGUAUAACAGCGACAAGUUAA